CAGACUCAGACUUCCGCUGCGAUGAUCCUCCUUGAACCACACAACGUAAUCAUUCAGCAGACCCUGCAGGAUAAGGCGGCAAAGCCUUCGUCUCUCGAUGUUCAAUUCGUAGAUUUCGACGGUGUGCGCUUCCGCCUGUCGACCCCGGACAAGAAGUCUAUCAUCCUUCUGUCGAUGAACAUCCGCUGUUGGGACGAACUUGUACAAUUUGGGGCUUUGGACAUUCUUGGGCGUGAAUACGGCGCUUUGCUCAAAUCGGAACCGGAGCCGGAUUAUAACGUGUCGCUGGAGAUUGACUUGGAACAGUUGCCACCGGACGGAGAGUCUCGCGAGGCCUUGAUCAAGUCCCUAUCUUUGCUGAAGCGUAACGCUCUGGCAGCUCCGUUCGAACGAGCCUUCCAAGCUCAGAAGCGGUUGGAGGCAUCAGGCUCAGGGCAGGGUGACCUCAUGGCUAUUCACUAUCGCGAUGAGGAGGCAAUCUACAUUCAGGCCUCCCAUGAUCGUGUCACUGUCAUAUUUUCGACCGUUUUCCGUGAAGAAACCGAUCGCAUCAUCGGCAAGGUUUUCCUACAGGAGUUCGUUGACGCGCGUCGACUUCCUACCAUCCAAAACGCCCCUCAAGUCCUGUAUUCUAAUCGCGACCCUCCGCUGGAAAUCCGGCAUGUUCCAGGUUUGAUUAGAUCCGAGAAUGUUGGUUAUGUCACCUUCGUACUCUUUCCCCGCCACUUCGCAAACACAGUAGUCUCGGCUGGAACCAUCAGCCACAUUCAGCUCUUCCGAGAUUAUCUUCACUAUCACAUCAAGUGCUCCAAGGCUUACAUGCAUUCUCGCAUGCGGUACCGCGUCUCAGAGUUCCAGAAGGUGCUCAAUCGUGCAAAGACUGAGGUGGCGGUAGGCGAGCGCAAAACUGCAAGUGGGCGUACCAUGGUCACCCGGUAA